CUAGUAUAAAAACAGAUAAUAUUGGUUUUAAUACAAGCAGGCUAAUAAAAAAAUCUAAAAUUUUUAAAAAAAUUUUUAUAAAAAAAGUAAGCAAUGCUUUUAAUCUUGAAUACAAAUUGCACUUA